GUUUUUCCGGAGCCCAUGUACACCUGGACCCGAGUAGGGGGGCUCCUGCUGGAUGGCAGGGAGUACCAUGCGGGCAGAGAGCUGGUCCUGGACAGAGUCCCUGCUGACCUCAAUGGCUCCAUGUUCCGCUGCACGGUCCAGAAUCCUCUGGGCUCCACAGACACACACACCCGCCUUAUCGUGUUUGACAACCCAAGACUGAAGAAAGGAAGAGGACCUGUUGUUGCCGCUGCGCUGCGGCUCUCCUCCUCCUCCUCCUCCUCCGCCCUGCUGCUGCUGCUGAGCUCCACCUGGGGGCUGACAUGACCCGAGGCUUCUGCUCCUCUACCCCCCCCACCUGAGCAUCUGCUCUACAGUGGCCCGGCAGCGCUGAACACUAAAGGUGCAGUGGGACAGAUACUGCAGCCCCCCCCACAGAGCAGAGGUCCAUCCCACAGCAGACACCACCGGUUACACCAGACCAGUUUCUCCAGACGGGCUGUUUGGGAUUUCUGGGUCCGUCUUUGCUCCCCUCCCACAGUGGAGUUUCUGAAGACCACAUCAAAUACUAAUGACAAUGCUUCUGUAACAUUUGAAAGAACAACAACAACAGCAUUUCCCCCUCCCUUUGUGACCCUGCACUGUAAAGGCCUCUGUGUCAGAGUGUUUCCUUGUUUAACUAAUGCAUACAUGAAUCAAUAAUGUGUUAUUGAAAUUAUUUAAAGCUCCAAAUUAUUUUAAAUCCCAAGCUUUCAGUUUUUAACAUUUGCUUCAAAAUGACUGUAUCCAUGUAGAGUAAUGCUGGAGCCAGACUAAGAGUCUGCAGACCCCCUGUUUGAGGACCCGGUCUCUAAUGAUCCAGAAAGACGCUCAUGUCCCUAGACUGGACAUGCAUAAAUUGUAUUAGUGGUCUAAACUAUAUAUUUUCUAUAUAUAUUUAUAUAUAUGUUAAUGUUUCUCCUUUCAAGAAUUCAACUAUUGUUGACACAUUUCGGAGAAAAAAACAACAAACAAUCUUUCUUAGCUUACAGCAGGGGUUUUCAAAGUG